AUUACAUGCACAGCGCCCACCGCCCUGUCACUGGGGGCCACCUGGGGAAAAAGGAGAGUAGUUAUGUGGGCAGCGUGGGCACCAGCCCCAGGAAGUCGAGCCGCUGCACACCCCCACCUGCCGACUCUGAGCUUGUCAGCUUUUGCUACCUCCACAUGCGGGAACAAAGGAAGGAACAGGAAAGCCGGAUGGAUGUCAAUGAAAACUUAAUCUUUUUUGAGGAGACCAGGCCCCGGACCAAGUCUGACCCCACGUCCAAGAGCUCUGGCCAAGGUUAUGAGGCGAUCCCUGAUGAUUUUGAUGCAGCUAGCCUAGACCACGAGCCCUGUGCCAGCAGGGCCCGCUCCUACACCUUGGACAAUUCCCUUGGGGCUGAAGCCCUGAACUUCUACUGUGACUCUUGCAAAGCCAAACUCCAGGAGCAGCUGGGCCCUCGCAAAGGUGGGAGGUCUGGCUCCUCUCGUGACAAUAUGGUGGACUUGAUGUCCCUCCCACCCCCUGGGAGUGAGGAGGAGGAAGAGGAAGAAGAUGAGAGCACUUCGCUGUUGCCUGCCAUCGCUGCCCCACCUCCUGGUUUCCGAGACAACAGUUCUGAUGAGGAUGACCCCAAGCGCCGGGCUGCCCAGAGCCAGGAGCAAGGACGCCACCUGCGGGGGCUCCUGUAUGAUGAGAUUCCAGUGACACUGAUUGACAGCGUGCAGACCCGGACAGUCCGAGAUCAUGCCCAGGAGCUAGAUGAUGCCCUGGUGUCCACUCUGCAGGCUCUGGAAGCCCUGGCAGCCUCAGAGGAUGGACCACAUCCCCCACCCCCACAGACUGCAGGUCUGAUUGUGCUGGCCACAAUCACCCCUGAAUCAUCACUGGACUCGGGCCAUGAGACCAACUCUUCAGAGCUCACAGACAUGUCGGAGAUGAUGUCGGCCAUGAAGCAGCACCAGAACACCACCUACUUCCUGGCCCAGCACCUCAACAAGGACAGCCUCCUGGCCCGCAAGGACCUGCCCUUCCGGAUCCAGAGUUGCGCGGCCCAGGCUGUUCUCACGGCCCCUUAUUCUCUCGGGCGCCCAGAUCCCAAUUCAUCCCUCCAGCCAGUAGUUGCAGGCCAGAGUCCCGGUCCCCCUGGUGCUCGGAGGAAGCUGCCCUCAUCGGAGGCCCAGCCACAGCGUGAGCGAACAUACACCCUGGCAGUGCACCCAGCACUGUCCCCACAGCUGAGUGAGCCGAAGAAUCUGAGCCUGCUGUCCCCAGUUCCUGAGGACAAAGGGCCUGGCCACACUAGGGCAGGCCUAGAGAUGUCACUGAGGGCGGCCACGCCAUCCCUUAGUGAAGAGCAGGUCUCUGAGCUAAGGGAGAAUCUGCCCAAGGAGGUCAGGUUGAGCCCCAAGCUUAUCCUGGACCCAAAGGGCAGCGUGACCCCAGCCAUCAUCUCAGCUGCCCUACAGCAGGUGGUUCACACUAAGAGCCUACCUGCCCCUGCCGGAGCCUUGGGAAACACCCCCAGCAGUGGGGAGAGAAGGCUAGAGGCCAGCAUGGGGAGGUCAGAGGUCAGCCUAGUAAGGCCAGAAAUUAGCACAAUGAGUGGCAGUGCCACUAAGAAUCUGAAGUUCAAAAUGAGCCCCGGUGCUCCGGAGACCUCACGCAGUUCCCAGCAGCAGCUGAGCCCAGAGGUCUCUUCCAGCUCCAGAGCACCCACAGGCAGCCGAGCUGAGAGCCUGCACCUCUCCCCACAAGAGGACAGGCUGCCUGUUCAAAAUUUCCCUCCCAAAACCUAUCUGUCUCGAGCGAGUCGCGAGUCAGCGGGCAAGCAAGGUACUGGGGAGGUGGCAGGCAAGGGUGGGCCCGAGGGUGCCAAGCCUUCUGUGCACAAACAGGGCACCGUCUCUGGCCAUGGGGAGAAGGGGCAGCUGGAGAGCACCCCCCAAAGCAGCAAACUUGAGGAGACCAGCCUGGUCCCCCGAGUCGGCUACCCCAUGAUUCUGCAGAGCCCCAGCGGCCCACCACGAGGCCAGAGCCCACUGAGGCCUCAAGCCGCCAGUCGGCAGGUGAGCACUAUGCCCUCCAGAAAGAUUGAAACCACCCUGGAUGGAGCCCACUCAGCCUCUGAAGGCCCUGCCAAGCCCAAAUCUUCCCGGGGUCCUUUCCGGCUCCGUAAUUUAUUCUCUGCCACCUUCCCAACACGCCAGAAGAAGGAGACCGAUGAGCGGCAGGCCCAGCUGCAGAAGGUGAAGCAGUAUGAGCUGGAGUUCCUCGAGGAACUCCUCAAGCCGCCAAGCCAGGGGGAGCUGCCAAGCACCGAGUACCUGCAACCCCCAGCGCCAGGCCGCUGCAGCUGCCAGCUCCGCAGCAGCCCCGUGCAGCAGGGACCCGGCAUGUCCCGUGAGCAGAGGCGCAGCUGCGAUUGCAAACGCAUGUGCAGGGGGGCCCGCCCUCAGGCUCCCCAGACACCAGUGCCCAGCCUCCGGGGGAAGGAUCGGGACAGGGUCCCCCCUACCCAGAGGCAGCCAGAGGCCGGCCCAGGCUUGAGCCUCGACACCCCCACCAGUGUCAGGCGCAUCCGCUCCACCAGCCUGGAGUCCCGAGAGUGCCGAUCAGACCCUGAGAGUGGUGUUUCUUGCCUGACCACGUGUGCCUCCGGGGGCGAGUGUCUCGGAGCUCCGAACUACAGGAAACUGAUGCGCCGCUACAGCAUCAGUGAGCUGGACCAGGGUGACAGGGCCUCCCUGACCUCAGACAUCUACCCUCACCCACCCCUGGGCAUGCUGCCCAGGGAGGCCAAGGAGGUAGAGGCGGGCCUCCCCCUAGGCGUGGGUCCCAAAAGCAAGUCGCUAGAGUCCCCGACCUUGGGAGACCCCUCCUAUGUCCAUGUCGCCCCUGAGACCAAAGGGCCCCGACAGAUGGCCGUGUUCUCACUGCCAGAAGAGGUGUACCGGAAGCCCGCGGAGCUGGACGAGGACAGUGAGAGCGGCAAGUGCUGCUCCAUCCGCUAUUGCUUCUACUACCGCAAGUGUGACAUGGCAGAUGACGCCAGCGAUGGCAAGGACGAGCUCUCAUACUCCAUCCCCAUGAAGAUCCUGCCCGGCAUGAAGCUGGACGAGCAGGUAGUGCCCGUGGUGAGCAGGACCCUGCAGGUGCUAGAUGCCGCCACCUGCAGCAGCAGCAGCCCCGAGGCAUCCCGCACCCAGGAGAUCGACCUGCGGGUGUCCACCUUCGAGGGAAGCCUGGCCAAGAUCAAUGCCCUGCGGGCCCAUGCCUAUGGCCUGCCCGACGGCUUCCUGGCCGCCCGGCUGGACACCAACGAGCUGCUGACGGUCCUGCGGCAGUGUGUGGCCAGUCCUGAGGCCCGUGCCCCCAAGCCCUAUGUCUCCCAGAUCUCUGAAUACAAACUGGAGCUGGCUCUCAAGUUCAAGGAGCUCCGGGCCUCCUGCCGCCGCGUGGCCAACGUGGACAAGAGCCCCACGCACAUGCUGGCAGCCAUCACGGGCAGCUUCCAGGUGCUGAGCAGCCUCAUUGAGACCUUCGUGCGGCUGGUAUUCAUCGUGCGCUCUGAGGCCCAGCGCCAGGAGCUGCUGGCCAAGGUGGAGGAGGUGGUGAGGAACUACACCUUCCUGCUGCGCGCAGCUGAGGAGUCCACUGCCCGGAACCUUAACCAGCAGCAGCAGCAGCAACAGCAGGCAGCAACAGCUAUGGGGGCAGCUGGGGGCCACCCACCAGGCUCCCCAACUUCAGCGACUGUUAUGAGCACAUUCACCCGCUCCUUAAAGACCCUUAUUAAGUAGGCCAUCUGCCCAGGCCUGCCCCCCUUCUCCAGCCGUGGCCCCAGGUUUGAGCUUUGUGGUCUUUGCAUCUUGUGGUGAGUAUAUGUGUCUGCUGGGCCAGUCAGGGGCCCCCUGAGCCCUCAGUCUCCAGGGACUGAGAAGUCCCUGGAUUGGAGGCUGUCCCUGAGGGCUCCAGGCAGCUGCCACCCUGGGUAUCCUUGCCCCUUCCCUGGCCUCUGGGCGUCACUGUGAGGGCCACGGCCCCCCCCCGUCACUACGCCCGUCACAGAGCUGUAUUUUCUCUCUUCUCUAGGGCUGAGAUGUGACGUCAGGUCCACUUCCUGCUCCACUGUGGGAGUCAGAGGGAGGCAGGCCUGAAGCCGGAGACCCGUGGGUCUCGAGCUCCUCUUGGCACCUGUUCCCCUCCAGGGCCAUGGCGGUGCCGAGCGAGCAGAGGGGAGAGGGCGCACAGCCCAGAUGUGCCCAAGCUCUCACUCACUCGGCAGGAGCCACCCUGAGGGCUGGUGCCCAGGUGGUGGGUCUGCAGAAAACAGCCACUCUGGGCUGUUGGCGGCCAGCUCUAUAGGCUGGCAGCCUUGGGAGCACUCGCCCCUGGGCCCAGUAGCUCCACACCAGCCAUCCCCAAAGUGCCCUGUCCCUCGCUGACGGGCAGGGCAGCUCAGUCCACUAGGGAGCAGGCAUCUGGGAUUACCCGGCUUGUCCUGGGUAAGGUACCUGGUGACCACGUCUGCCCGGGGGAGACCCAGUGCAGGCCUCGGAGCCCGCCCUGCCCAGCCUGGCCCAGCACAGGGGCUGUCGCUGCCAGCAUGCGACUCCUCUCAACAUCUCUCUACCAGACAGACUGUCCUUAGGAGUCCGACUUAGCUAC